AUGCGGCGGAUUCUACUUCCGGCUGUCAAAGAGUGCGGACGUGGCAUCAUGAGCUCUCACGGAGCGGUAAACAAGGCUAACCCUAGCCUGGAUAAGGACGAUACAGCGGAUGUCAAUUUGAAACAGGACUACAGAAUUGUGCUUCCCCUGCUACCCAAGGAAUCUCUGGGCUGCAAUGCAGUUAUUCUUCACGCCGACAUAACGGGUAGGCCUUACCGAAUUCAAGAUUUUAAACCUGCCUUGAAGUUGAUGGUGAACCCAGAAGACAUCGCCCAAUUUGGGGCAUAUCAGAUGAAUCAUGUAUGGCUGAUAACAACUUGCACGCAGGAAGCGAAGGAAAAAUUACUCAGUCAGAAGGAAUGCAUUGUAAAAGGGAAAAAAUGCCUGGUGCUCGAUGCUUCACAAAGAGAGGUGACACUGAAAGUGUUUUGGUUGCCGCAUAAUGUCAGCAACCAGCAAGUUCAGCUCGCGUUGGGAGGGUUUGGUAAAGUAAAGCACGUAGAACGAGAGAAGUGGAGAGAUGAUUUUUUCGAACAUGUAGAGACCACAACCAGGGUCGUCAAGCUUACAUUACACGAGGACGUGACGGCAGAAAGUAUUCCGCACCUCAUGAAGGUAGGAGGAAGUCAAGUAUUGGUAUCGGUUCCCGGCAGGCCUCGAUUGUGUCUCCGUUGUCGAGAAGUGGGGCACAUAAGGCAGCACUGCAAAACACCGAGGUGUACAACUUGUCGUCGUUUCGGGCACCCAGCAGAGGAAUGUAUCAGGUCCUAUGCUCAAUUGACGCGUCCAGUCAGGGAGGAAUACGAGAAUGUCAUGGACCAACAUGAGACAGACGUUGCUAUAACUAACGUACCGGAACAAGCCAUCGAGAAUGACGGAGUUCUGUCUCACGAUUCCGACUGA